GACCCAGCGGGAAUCUUCGAGCUGGUGGAACUUGUGGGAAAUGGAACAUACGGCCAAGUGUACAAGUAUAAAUCAGUGACAGAUAACAGAGUGUCGGUCCGGACAAGACACAGCGGAGACAGAAAAGAGACACAGUGGUGAUGGAACUGACAUACAGCGGAGAUGGAGAUGGAACAGAGACGCAGUGGAGAAGGAGACGGAACUGAGACACAGCGGAGAUGGAGAUGGAACAGAUACGCAGGGGAGAAGGAGACGGAACUGAGACACAGCGGAGACGGAACUGAGACACAGCGGAGACGGAGAUGGAACAGAGACGCAGUGUAGAAGGAGACGGAACUGAGACACAGCGGAGACGGAACUGAGACACAGCGGAGACGGAACUGAGACACAGCGGAUAUAGAGAUGGAACAGAGACGCAGUGGAGAAGGAGACGGAACUGAGACACAGCAGAGACGGAACUGAGACACAGUGGUGAUGAAACUGAGACACAGCGCUGCAGUGCGCUGAAUUAAAGCAUGUUAAUUCUUUCCAGCAGUGGAGUGGUGGUUAACGAGGGCUGAUGGGACUGAGGCGUCUCUGUGUAACGUCUUGGUGUGAGAGCGAGGACGCUGUAGUGUAUAAUUCAUUGAGAGGAGCAGACAGGAAGCUGCCAGGUGAUUCACUCUGUCCACAGGGACGUCCACAGCCGGCUAAUAAAGAUGAAUUCACUGAACACCAAGACUUCUCCUUUUCUCUGGCCUCAUUUCCCUUCCCUCCUCCCCUCAGCACUUGUCUCAGCUCAGGUGAUGUAUCUGGGCGGCUCGCUCCUCCUCUGAGUGAGGUUGGCUUUGGUUCUGACCCACUGCUCUGUGACAGAAACCUGGAGUAGAGCUCGCACCACCGCAUCCUGUCCACGGUCCGGCAGCUUCAGCGUUCUUAGCGUCCCUCAUGGCAGAGACCAGACUCUAACAGCACACACCUCAUGAUCUGGACCUGGUCCAGUUAUUCUGGGAUGUUAUUGGGCCGCCAUGUCAAGACAGGCCAGCUUGCUGCAAUCAAGGUCAUGGACGUCACGGGGGAUGAGGAGGAGGAAAUCAAAGCCGAGAUCAACAUGCUGAAGAAAUACUCACACCAUCGCAACAUCGCCACAUACUACGGAGCCUUCGUCAAGAAGAACCCACCGGGUGUCGAUGACCAGCUGUGGUUGGUGAUGGAGUUCUGCGGCGCCGGCUCAGUCACAGACCUGAUAAAGAACACUAAAGGGAACUCUCUGAAGGAGGAGUGGACGGCGUACAUCUGCAGAGAAAUCCUCAGAGGUCUGACUCAUCUUCACCAGCACAAGGUCAUCCACCGUGACAUUAAAGGCCAGAACGUCCUGCUGACCGAGAAUGCCGAGGUCAAACUGGUGGACUUUGGUGUGAGUGCACAGUUGGACCGCACUGUGGGCAGGAGGAACACGUUUAUCGGCACGCCGUACUGGAUGGCUCCGGAGGUCAUCGCCUGUGACGAGAAUCCCGAUGCCACAUACGACUUCAAAAGUGAUUUGUGGUCUUUAGGAAUUACUGCUAUUGAGAUGGCAGAAGGUGCUCCACCUCUGUGUGACAUGCACCCGAUGAGAGCGCUCUUCCUCAUUCCCAGAAAUCCAGCUCCUCGACUAAAGUCAAAGAAGUGGACCAAGAAGUUCCAGUCGUUUAUUGACAGCUGCCUGGUGAAGAACCACACGCAGAGGCCCAGCACCGAGCAGCUGCUGAAACAUCCCUUCAUCCGAGACCUGCCUAAUGAGCGCCAGGUCCGAAUCCAGCUCAAAGACCACAUCGACCGCACCAAGAAGAAGAGAGGAGAGCGGGAUGAGACAGAGUACGAGUACAGCGGCAGUGAGGAGGAGGAGGAGGAGCGAGACAUCGGAGAACCCAGCUCCAUCAUCAACAUCCCGGGCGAGUCCACUCUGAGGCGGGACUUCCUACGCCUGCAGCUGGCCAAUAAGGAGCGCUCUGAGGCCCUGCGGAGACAACAGCUGGAACAGCAGCAGAACGACGAGCACAAGCGCCAGCUGCUGGCCGAGAGACAGAAGCGCAUUGAGGAGCAGAAGGAGCAGAGGAGGAGGCUGGAGGAGCAACAGCGUCGGGAGAGAGAGCUGCGCAAACAGCAGGAGAGAGAGCAGAGGAGACGCUACGAGGAGAUGGAGCAGAUACGGAGAGAGGAGGAGAGGAGACACGCUGAGAGGGAGCAGGAGUAUAUCCGCCGUCAGCUGGAGGAGGAACAGAGGCAGCUGGAGAUUUUACAGCAGCAGCUUCUACAGGAACAGGCUCUCCUUCUGGAGUAUAAGAGGAAGCAGCUGGAGGAGCAGCGGCAGGCCGAGAGGCUACAGAGACAGCUCCAGCAGGAGAGAGCGUACCUGGUUUCCCUCCAACAGCAGCAGCAGCAGGAGCCUCGACCUGCCGAGAAGAAGCAGCUCUAUCACUACAAGGACUCGGUCAACCCCAGCGACAAACCCGCCUGGGCCAAAGAGGUUAUGAGAAGAGCCCAAAGUAACUCCCCUCGUUUACCCACAAAGAACCAGUACCACGAGGAGGCGCGACUUUCACACCUCCUACUCCUCCCUGACCACACCUCCAACCACCUCCCUGCCCGCCCCCCGUCCUACCCGGCCGCCACCCCCUCACACAUCCAGAGAGAGAAGGCCGAGGUCCAGCUCAGGCAACUGGGCAUCAACACCAACAUUCCCAGGAUCCGGGUGUCCUGUGAGCCGGAUCUGAAUCAGAUCAACCAGCUGCUCCCAGGGCAGGGCCAGGAGAAACGUGGGCGGACCCCCGGACGAUCCGGAGCGUGGGACAGUGAGGUGGAGGAACGUUCCAAAUUAAACCGUCAGAGUUCUCCAGCUCUGCAGCACAAAGUGGCCAACCGGAUCUCAGACCCAUCGCUGCCUCCUCGCUCCGAGUCCUUCAGCAGCGGAGGCAUCCAGCAGGCUCGGACUCCGCCCAUGCACCGCUCCGUCGAGCCCCAGAUGGCUCAUCUUGUCUCGGUGAAGUCUCACGGCUCCUCGAUGACGGGCUCGCAGUCGCUGCAUGAUCAGUCUUCCCAGGGUGUCUCAGCUUUCCAGGAGAGUCUGUCGCCCCACCGGCCCCCGAUGCCCCGGCAGAACUCAGACCCCACCUCAGAGACGCCCAUGCCUCCACCUCGCGUCACCAGCCGUGAUGACAAGUUCGAUCGCAGCUCCUGGCUGAGACAGGAAGAGGAAGUUCCUCCCAAGGUUCCUCAGAGGACGACCUCUAUAUCUCCUGCAUUGGUUAGAAAGAACUCACCUGGGAAUGGACCCGGAGGUCUGGGGCCGAGGCCAGGUUCUCACCUCAUUCGAGCCAGCAACCCAGACCUGCGGGUCUCCAUGGAGCCUGGACUCCCGAGGACGAGCAGUGGCAGCUCCUCCAGCUCAAGCACUCCGAGCUCUCAGGGCGGCUCCAGUGAGAGGAACCGGGUGGGAGGAUCUGGAAAACCUGAGAGCUCUCCAUCCGUUUCCCAGGAGACCAAACACAAAAGCCAGGAGGAGAGCAGGGAGGUGACAAGACCCAGCCGACCUGCUGAUCUCACUGCUCUGGCCAAAGAGCUCAGAGAGUUGCGCUCGAACGAGGAGACGAACCGGCCGCCUGUCAAAGUGACCGAUUACUCGUCGUCCAGUGAGGAGUCAGAAAGCAGUGAGGAGGAGGAGGGAGAGGGAGGAGCUCACGAUGGAACAGUGCCAGUCAGCGACAUCCCUCGCAUCAUGCCGUCAGCCGGUCCGGGGGGGAGUGAACCGUUCGGAGCGCUGGUGGGUCCGGAGGAUUCUCACGAAGAGUCUUACGGAAACAACUCUAAAGACAGCACACUGAUGAUGAGAGAGAUGUUUGGGGAAAGAAAGCGCUCGGGUCAUGCCGAGAGCAACGGUUUCCCUGGUAACACCAAUCUUCCUGAUCUAGUGCAGCAAAGCCACUCCCCCUUGGCCACACCCAUCGAAGGCCCAGGGCGCCACUCCAGUCUGCUUGGGCAGGACCUGGACCCUGUGGCUGAAUACGGGAGCGGCUCUAAAGCCUCCUUCACCCCAUUCGUGGAUCCGCGAGUGUACCAGACUUCACCCACUGAAGAAAACAGUGAGAACUCAGCAGCAGCUCUCUCGGUGGACGAGCUGCUGAGGCACGAGCAGGAACAGGAGCAGGCUCGGCUCAACGAGGCUCGGAAGAUCUCCGUGGUCAACGUCAAUCCCACCAACAUCCGGCCGCACAGUGACACGCCCGAGAUCCGCAAAUACAAGAAACGCUUCAACUCUGAGAUCCUGUGUGCUGCUCUGUGGGGUGUGAAUCUGUUGGUGGGGACUGAAAAUGGACUGAUGUUGUUGGACCGUAGCGGUCAGGGGAAAGUCUACAACCUCAUCAACCGCCGGCGCUUUCAGCAGAUGGACGUGUUGGAGGGCCUCAACGUCCUGGUCACCAUCUCCGGAAAAAAGAACAAGUUGAGGGUUUACUACCUGUCAUGGCUCAGGAACCGGAUCCUGCACAAUGACCCUGAGGUGGAGAAGAAGCAGGGCUGGACCACCGUGGGAGAUCUGGAGGGUUGUGUCCAUUACAAAGUCGUGAAAUACGAGCGGAUCAAGUUCUUGGUGAUUGCCUUGAAGAACUCGGUGGAGAUUUACGCCUGGGCCCCAAAGCCCUAUCACAAAUUCAUGGCUUUCAAGUCCUUCACCGAUCUGCAGCACAAGCCUCAGCUGGUGGAUCUGACCGUAGAGGAAGGUCAGAGGUUAAAGGUCAUCUACGGCUCCAGCGUUGGGUUUCACGUCAUCGACGUCGACUCGGGAAACCCGUACGAUAUCUACAUCCCAUCGCACAUUCAGGGCAGUGUCACCCCUCACGCCAUUGUGGUACUCCCCAAGACCGACGGGAUGGAGAUGCUUCUGUGUUAUGAAGAUGAGGGAGUCUAUGUGAACACUUACGGCAGAAUCACUAAAGACGUGGUGCUACAAUGGGGAGAGAUGCCCACCUCUGUUGCCUACAUCCACUCCAACCAGAUCAUGGGAUGGGGAGAGAAAGCCAUUGAGAUCCGUUCCGUGGAGACGGGACACCUCGACGGAGUUUUCAUGCACAAGCGAGCUCAGCGACUGAAGUUUCUGUCUGAAAGAAACGACAAGGUCUUCUUUGCCUCGGUCCGAUCAGGAGGCAGUAGCCAAGUUUUCUUCAUGACCUUGAACAGAAACUCCAUGAUGAACUGGUAAACCCCGCCCACACACCUGCCCCCCCACGGGCCCCACCACUCGGCCCCCCCUGCGUUGUCUCUGUGGACGUGUUCUGUUUUUCUAUAGUGAUGGGGCGGAAGAGAACGACAAGAACCCACGGUGUGUGGAACCGCAGGGCUGCUUUUGAGAGUAAAUACUUUUAGAAAAUAAAUCAAUAAAACAAAAUUAUGGCCAGGAGCCGCUCCAGAGAGCCGACCUUCAUCUCACAUCCACGCGAAGCUCCGACCGCCGAGAGAAGAACAACCACCUCCUGUACCCGGAAUUCCUUACGGCUCUGACCCGCGGGUUCUCGUUUUUAUCACGAUAACGCAAUUUUUGGAGGAGAAGAGAGACGGACAGAACUGACAACGGAGAAGGCCAAACAUCCAGAACAUAAAUGAUAUUGUAACUGUUUAGACACUUUUAUCACAAUAAUUUAUUGCUGUUGGUUCAACAAAAAACAAUUCUGUGGAAAGGUGUGUGUGUGUGUGUGUGUGUUUUCCUUUCACUUUAUGUUUUUGCAUUUCAUCACACUGUAACUGUACAAAGAUUUAUGUGAGGUUUCUAUGUUCGCAGUAUAUUUCGUUUGUGUGUGUGUGUGUGUGUGUGAGUGUGUGUGUCCUCACUACACCCAUCUACACGAAAAACAUCAUAUGAUAGUUAACUCACUCCGAGUGUGUGGAUGUUUAAUGCAGAAGAUUACAGCAGAAUUCUGGAGAUUAAAGUAAAGCUGUGUUUCUCAUCGUUACGUGAACAGUGGACACGUGAGGAGUUGAGCGUUUUAGACGUUGUUGCUUAAGUGCAAUAAAGAGCAGGAGAUCUGGGUUCUGACCUGUGGGUGGAUGGGGUUUUAGCUCAAACCUGAACCUCCAGUCUGAAACUUUCAGAGCUGUGUUCGAAGUGUACGUGAGUUUUUUUAUAUUCCUUUAUGAAUAAAUCUGAUCUCCAGCACAGAGGGGAUUUCUGUUCUUUUUUUCCUCAGAUUGCGUGAGAUGUGAGUUCGGUGCAUUGAGCUUCCUCUAAACCUACCUCAUUUCUUCGUCCGGUCAUUCGGUCACCAGUUUAUAUUCAACCAUAACGUCGUUAUUAAUAAAACAUCCAGCAGAAUUCAGACGAGGCACAGGAGGAGUCUCAGAUUUACAACAUUACACAUUUUAUUCUUUAUGAAUCCUGAUAUUUUCUUUUUUUUGUUUGUUGUUUUUUUUUUCACACAGUGAACUGUCGCUUGAUUGAAGAUGAAGCUGAAGUGUAAGAGUUUGAGCUUUCAGGAUGAAUUUCAGAUACUUAUAAGUAGUAGAUUAAGGCAUACUGUGUUUAGUAAAGCUUUUUUCACUGGUGAUGCUCUGUGCCUCGGAGAUGAAUCGUUUUAAUCACUGUGCAUAAAAAGAAAUCCAUUCUUCUCACUUGAACUCAGAAAUUAAGCUCAAUAAAUUAAAGUUAAAUCUGUUUUAUUUCCAGAGACCAAUCACACCAUCAGAAUGAGUGUAUUGUUGGUGCCGUGACCCGGAUAUGAAACAAUCCCACUAAAAUCAGAUCAAACUGCAGUGUGAAGUGGAGUGUUAGGCGUCUGUGUGAAAACUACUGAUUAGAGGCUACUUUUAUGUUUCACCUGUACGACCUGUUAGAUUUCAGAAAUAAACAGUAUGUGUGUGUGUGUGUGUGUGUGUGUUUCUGCAUGUCUGUACCUUUACACUGGGGAUUUCACCUUCAUUUUUCACUCAAACAUAAAACUGUGAUUUGAAGUUAAAACGUCUCGUCUCUUUUUUAUUCGUUCAUAAAGAAAAUCACUUCUUUUAUUUUUCUGUCUCACUUUUGUCUUCAUUUUAAUUUCAUUUCGUCGUUUUCAUCAUGAACUCCAUGGCUCUUGAGUUUCUCAGUAGUUUGUUAAGUUCUCACCACCUGAUGUGGAAUUUCUCUGAGGGAUGGUUGGGUUCUUUUCUGGUUGAUGCAGAGCUAAAAUAUUUUAACUGCAUUUUGCCUUCUUUUUUUUUUAAGUGUUUUCUUGAUUUAUUCUUUACUUUUGGGCUAAACUGAAGCUGCUAUUGAACUGUUUGGCAAAAAAAAAAAAAUCAGGCUAAAGCAAAAACAGAUGAGUAAAAGUAAAUGACAGCGUUUAAUUCUGUAAAUAAAAUGACAGUAAAAUGAUGUGUUUUAACAAUUAUCUACAUGCUUCCUAACCUGACUCCAAGCAGGUUUCCAUUUUUAUAACUCGAUGUUAAUAAUAUCUCAUCAAGCACGCUUAGUUACGGAAAGUAAAAGCAUAGAAAACUACAGAGAAAUAUGAAUAGAGAAAUGGGAUAAAUAUUACAUUUACAUAAAGCCUGGGGUUGGAUUUUAUAUGCAAAUAAUAUUCUAAUAAUAUUUGUUAAUGUCAAUUUUAUUGCAGUUCUAUUUACAGAAUUAAAGGCUGCUGUUAUUUCUACACUUCUCACCAGUUUUAUUACAGUUUACUUUUAUCUUCAGUUGAUUUUGUUUUGUUUUCAUGUGGAUUCACGUCAUCAAACUUUUUUGUAAGAGAAUUUAUUCGAUGCUUCCAAACCAUGAAUGUUAGGAUAAAAAUCAUGAAAAAAAAGAACACUAUUGAAAAGCCUGAUCUUUAUCUCCUGAGGUCCGAUCUAGUCUGACACCCGCUACAUUUCCCAUCUAAUGACUUUUAUUAUAGAAAUGUAAAACUGUGGAGGUCCGAGUGGUUAUAAAGCGAGGAUCUAACCGAGCGUCCCCGAGCGUGUGAAGCUCCACAUCAGACUGGUGUAUUCUGAUGGGGUUUAUCUGUACAGUACUCUCCUGAGUUGGUCAUUGUGUUUGGAAGACACAGUAUUAUUACUGAUUCUUUUGCAAAGGGAUUUUUUUCUCUAGCUGUAUUUUGGAUUAGCUCGUCGGUCUGAAAGUGCUGAACUCUAUAUUAGAAUGUCAGAGAUGUUUAAUAUCAGUGCUUUAUGUAAUAUCACUUUAUCCUAUCCUCCAUUUAUCCCAGUACUGUUCCAGGCUUUUUUCCUUUUUCUUUCUAACCUCACUGCUGAAUUAUAGCCGAAAUGAUGAUGUACUGAUGCUCUUUUGUAUGGUGACAUUUUCCUUUUCCUGUUUGUUUGUUUGUUUUUUUCGGGGGGAAAAAGCAUUGGUCAUAUUUAUAUUGAAUGAAAGCCUGAAAGGAAUCAGUGCUGAUGUAAAUGAAAAUCGAACCUAACUCUCAGUCUGUUAGGGCAAAGCUAGGAUUAUUAGCAAUAAAGUGUAUCAAGGAUUUUUGUUCAAUUAUUUUUUUUUCCUGGCAUUUCAUUUCUGUCUGAAUUUGGUAGAAAAACUGUUGAAACAGAUGUUGAUGUCCAGGAUUUGGGUUUCAGGAUGUCGAGUUGGGCGUGAUGCAGAUUAUACACGGAUAUAUUCACGGUUUGUUCCCAUGUAACAUAAAGCAUUAGAACUUUGCUGUUUUUUAAUAAAUCGAUGUAUCAAAUGA